AUGAACAGUAGUAGUUAUUUGGAGUUACGUGGUGCAAGCAAAGGUGAUGCUCGAUUUACCGCACUCGCAAUCAUCGGACUAAUACUACUUCCAAUAGUUCCUCCAAUCGCAAUUAAACCUAAAAGAUAUUUGAAAUGUGUGCAUACCAUAUCAUUGUGUUUAAGUACUAGGCUAGACUAUUUCGGCAUUAAUGCUCAAAUCUCAAACACAGCAUUAUCCGAUAAUGAUUAUCUAUGGGAUUGCAUUGCAAAAAAAGUUGGAGUAGGAUUUCCACUAUUAUUAUAA